AGCAGCCUGCUGCAUCCAGAAGUCCAGUCUAGGGAACAGCACUAGUCCCGAGAACCAGAAGCUCAGACAAGUAUCCAGCCACUCGGACACGUCUAGCCUGAUUUCUGCAGCAGACACUUCACUCAACCACCUGUUGCCAAAUCAGUGAAAGCAUUUAUUUGACUCACUCGUGGUGUGAGAUCUCUGAGAUCAUUCAGAUCACUGCAGAUCUGAGAGCCGACAUCAGCAGAUGAUGAAGAUGCAGCAGCACUCGCACAUCUUUCUAGCCCUUAUCCUUGCAGUCUUCAUCUUUAGGAUAGCUCUGUCUGGUCCCUCUGUGGUCAGAGUGAGACGCCAAAACAUGAAAGUCCGCAUCAGCACCACAGGAGACACCAUUGUGAUGAAGUUUUUGCGUCCCAACACUGACACCAGGCUGGAGGGAUACAUCCUGGGAUACGGCGGCAGCAUGUUCUCCAAACAGUUCAUUCAGCUGCCAGAAGAUGGAAAACCAUAUGAGACAGAGUUUGAUGCUGAGCCCAAGUACCUUAUAGCUGUCCAGCCUAUUCCUGCUAACGAGGUGAAGAAGCAGUGCACAGGUAAAGUGGAAUUGCAGAAGCCGCUGCACCUGGUCAUUGGGUCGGUGACGCCAACCUCAGUUCUUCUGUCCUGGGGGACACUGCUGAAAACCCCUUAUGAAGGCAACGUCAUGAAUGACUGUCUGGAGGAUGGACACUACACAGUGCGUUACCGUGAGAAGAACAGGAAGUGGAACUACCAGACCUGUCCAACAAGCGAUACAGUCAUUGACAAACUGAAGCCAAACACAGUCUAUGAGUUUGGUGUCCAGCCAAAUUCUAAGGAUGGCACCGGUGUGUGGAGCAGGCCGGUUGUUCACAACAUCAGCAUGCCAGGAGUCGAAGAGAAGGUCAUCAGGAAAAUCUUUAGGCCUCCAGUCAGCCCUGCGAAACCUGUACCUUCAGGUCCCCAUUCCUUGCCCUCAUUUCCUCACCUCACUUCCUCAGUCCAAAACAAGACCAGGGGCAGACUGCCAUUCUCCAGGAACAUAGCCACACAGACGACUCUUGCGCCAACCACAACCACAACCAAAACCACAACUACUACUAAGGAAACCCUGUCUACUCGUGGACCUGCACCUGCUGUGAUCAACAAACAGCCAAUUGGAGGAGGAGACCUCUCCAGAUCUGAGGUCCCAUUAACUCCCAAGCUCCAUCCUUUACUACAUAUAACAACCACCAUGGCACCUGUGCCAGUAGUCCAGGCAAAUGUGGAGAAUCAUGGAGGGCACGUACAACCUCAACCUAACUUGAAGCUCCAGCAACAGUAUUCAGGACUACCAAAGCCCAAACCCCAACAGCCUCAAAUGAAGCCCAGAGUUAAUGCUCAACGUCUCCCAAAGCCCCAUGACCAAACUGUGACACAACCCCACACAACACCCCAAAUCAAAGUCCAAACCACAUCAAAACUCCACAUAACACCCCAGUCUAUAAUUCAGAUCCAACCACUACCCCACACAACACCCCAAUUAAAGGUCCAAACCAAACUACAACUCCACACAACACUCCAGCAGAAAGUCCCGAUCCAACUACAACCCCACACAACAGCCCGUACUAAGCUCCAUGCACAGCCAAAACCCCUAUCAACAGCCCAGCCUAUAUUUCAAACAAAACCUCAACUGCAAAUCCAAACAACAUUCCAGCCCAAACUCCACACCCAACCUCAACAACACCUGGCAGUAUCCCAGCCUACAGAGCAUACCCACCCCCUUUCACUGCCUCAGACAAAACCAAAACCCCAAUCACAUCUUCAAACCACACCACAUCUUGAAGCAGAAACACAGCCUCAGCCAACACCCUACACCAAACGCCAGGCCCAACCACUAGCACAAGAGGAACAUAAGACCCAGACACAGCCUCAGAGACAAGAUCAACUAAGUUCCCAAACCACUCCUGUGCCAUCUAUUCAAUCCACUUAUCCAAUACCCCAGCACAUUCCCUAUACCAAGAAAAGACCGCUAAAGACUCAAACUCAACCUCAACCUCAUCCACAAAAUAAAUCUCCAAAUCCACCACAUAAACCAAAGACACCACAACAACAGCCAGGUGUAAGUACCAGGCGCAAGUCUGGAAUCCAACCAGCAUCAAAACCAAGCAUAAUUUCUUCCCAUUCCAAACCCUCAACACAACCCGAGCCCAAGAACCAAACUAAGCCCCAACCACUCUCUCAACCAAAAAGGCAGCCCAAGCUUCACCCAUCAACUCAACUUCCAAAAAGUCAUUCAAAGCCAAUAAUUAGGGAUAAGCAAAACUCUCCACCAAAAAUUCUGCCACAGUUAAAAUCACAACCUCCAAAAAAUACCCAGGACCAUGUUGUACCUCAACCCAUUACCAAGCCACAGUUUCCAUCAAAGGCCCAGUCACAACCCCAACUUCCAUCUAAGCCCCAACCUAAACCUCAAGCUGGGCUUCAGCCUCACUCCAGGACCUACUCUGAUCCCACCAAGGUCACCUCAAAGCAGGCAGUCCCUACGGCUCCUAGUCCACAAGAAGAGGGCAAGCCUCUACCAAGACCUGCCCUGGCUACAGAGAAGGCUGGUAGAUACAAUCAUGGUCCUGGUGUUCUCAGGUCGUCUGAAGUUCCUCGUUCUCCCAUUAGCUCAUCUGUUCCUACAGCAGGAAGAAACACCACCCUGCGUCGCACAUCGGUUCCUUCUCAUUCCACUAAUCAUGUUGCCAGACCAUUCUCACAAUCCAGGACAGUCACUUCCUCUCACAGUUCCAGCACACCUGGCGCAGCCAGUGGGGCGCAUCAUAGGGGCAAUGCUCCUCCUAGACGUAUCGUGUGGCCCAAAGAAAAAUCUGUUCUGCGUCCCUCUGUUUCUGGCAACAAGAAGACCAACCUGGUGGCAAAGCCUAGCAGUCAUGAUAAACCUAUGGACCUGAAACAAGGAGAAAAGGCGUCUGUCCUGAAGCCGUUCCCGCUGGUCACAGCCAGACCCAAGCAAGAGCCCAAACAGCAGACGACCACCACAGCCCCUGCGCUAAACACCAGCCGUUUUGACAUAUAUGAAAACUCCUCCAUAUUCAGGCCCCUGCCUAAGUCAGAGGUAGACAGCAUGGGCAACCCGCGCUUUAUAGCUCCCCACGUCAUCUACAAGACGGAUAAGCCGCCAGAAGAGCCGUGCUCUAUCACCUCCUCCCUCGCUUACUUCCCCGAUGAGGAAGGCAGCGAUCAGAAUGUGACCGGUCCUCCCCGCCUACCUCCAUCCAACGUCACUGUGGUCACCGUGGAGGGUUGCCCGUCCUUUGUCAUUCUUGACUGGCAGAAAACCGACAACGAAACCAGAGAGUAUGAAGUUGUGUCCACCACCACAGGCCCGAAUGGAAGGCAGACGUCAGUAUUGACAACCAACCAGACCCACACAGCCGUGGAGAAUCUCAAACCAGAGAGCAGUUAUGAAUUCACAGUAACACCGAGGAAUGAGCUGGGAACGGGACCCUCCUCCGAUCCUGUAACUUUUAGCACAGAGUCAGCGGACCCUCGAGUGAGCGAGUAUGUUUCAGGCAAAGAUGCCAUCUGGACUCAGUUUCCGUUUAAAGCUGAUGCCCACUCUGAAUGCAAUGGAAAGCAGUUCGUGAAGAGAACCUGGUACCGAAAGUUUGUGGGCAUCCAGCUCUGCAACUCCUUAAGAUACAAGAUCUACCUGAGCGAGACUCUCAAUGGGAAGUUUUACAACAUAGGGGAUCAGACGGGAUACGGCGAGGACCACUGUCAGUUUGUGGAUUCUUUCUUGGAUGGCAAGACUGGCAGCCAUUUUCUGGCUGACCAGCUUCCAAGCAGACAAGGCUUCUACAGAGCGCUGAGACAAGAGCCCGUUUCCUUUGGAGAGAUCGGAGGAAAGUCGCACGCGACUUACGUAGGCUGGUAUGAGUGUGGCACUCCCAUACCUGGAAAGUGGUAAGAACCCACAGGACUGUCCAGGAGGAUGGACUAAGUAGUGAGGAAGAAGAUGGACAUCAAAGACGCCUGAGUGAUCCUGAAGGGAGGUGGGCUUUUCUUACGUGGACUCUGUAGACGGCGCUUUAAAAUCACACCUCUGUCCUGGACGUGGACUUCUACAGAACUAUUAGGCGUCACAAAACUCUCUAGAGUGCAUUUCUUGAUCAAAAAUGUCCUUAGGGACAAAGGAAUGCAGAAGUUGGAGUGAUCCAAAAUGUUGAACAUACAAUUAAUCACAAGAGAAAAUGUUGGGAAGCUGGCUCCCAAAGUGUAAUAACUUGAUAUAAAGUAUGAUAAUAUUUAUCAAGAAUAUUGAAUUGUGUGUGCUGGGGCUUUUGAGAUAAACUAAAAUACAGUAUUUGUAUUGAGCGCCCGCACUGGUCAUGUGUAUACAGACAGGUGCCAAUCAUAUGUUCAUUGUACAGGUUGACUGUAAAAUACACAAACACACAGUGACCUUCUGCUGGCCCUAAGGGAUUAUUAACAGUUGCAGUUUGCACAGUAUUAAACAUCCGCUCAUAUAUGUAUAUGGUGUCCAAUACAGUUUAUUAAGUGUCCGACAGAUGGUGGCACAUUUCAGGUAAAAGAGAAUAAUCAGUGGUUCAGGCCAGCAUUUCUAUGGGAGCAUUUAGAAAUGAGACUUGAUGCCAUUAAUAUCGGCUUGUCCUGUAUUUUACAGAGUGAAAAUAUAAUAGUGGAAACUGCACAAGUAGAAUGUGUUCUCUUGUUAUAGCUCUGCAAAAGGUUAAAAUAAAUUGUGGCCUAUAUGGCUACAGUGAUGUAAUGCAUUGUAUAUAAUUCCAGCAAUUGAUCGUGUUUUAUUCUUAUUGGCAAACAGACGGAGAAAGUUGGGAUAGUUAGGGAUAUUAUCUCCCUCGGGCACCACAGACUGACUGGUGUGUGUGUGUGUAAUGGCAUUAAAAAGGACUUUAGAUUUGCAAUUAAACCAUUAACUCAUAAUGAGAGUGUUCAAGUAAGGUCAAAGGUAUAAGAGCGGAAGUUGUUUAGUCGUAGACGUAAAUGUAUCCUGGGGUCUCACCCCCUGUUGGCUAACAGAAAAAAGUGCAGCCUAAAAGCACUAACACUUUGGCUUCACUUUCAGACGCGUACAGUCUUUACUUAGCACAAAAAAGUAAUAUAAAGGAGAAACUUCUGACCUGUUACUUUCAAGCACCUUUAAAUCCCGCAAAUCAACAGGUUAUUUGACAAUUUAAGGUUAUGUGAACAGUUAACUACACCGUAACAGGUUGUAACAAGUCAUUGCCUCUCAACCGGAGAAGACUAAGGUAAAGUUACCAGUCCUAUCGGGAAAUGGUCUGGUGUAAUAUAUAUGUUACAUACAUCUAUGUAUCUUUGUAAUAAAUGUGCAAACCAAUGAAAA